CUGAUUCAUACCGCAGACCACAUCUUAAUGCUAAGAGCUUGAUUAAGGAACCUGCACGCCAUUUAUGGUCCAUCAGUUACACAUGCUUACGAUGUGUUGUUGCCUCUCUAGCAGGAGUAGCAGCGACAUGGCUGCUGAUGACAAGUCCUCGUCCUCCUCCUCGACGGACUGGAGCGUCGAGCCGCCUGUCAUCUCGCCUACAAGCCCCUCCCACCUGACCCACUUCAAACCACUCACCCCGGAGCAGGAUGAGCCUCCCCUCCGCUCGGCGUACAGCUCGUUCGUCAGCCUGUUUCGUUUCAACAACAAAGAGGAGGGACGUCCUCCCUCAGCAACAGUGUCAGAGAAGCCAGAUGUGCCGUCCCCUUCUCCUCAAACAGAGAGAAGCAGCUGGUCCUCCAGUCCUUCUCACUCCCUGUACGGCGGCUCCAGGACACUCCGGAAACAACAUCCCGACCACCUCCGACGUACCUCCAACGUCUCCGAUGGCAGCAGGAAAUCGGAUGCAGCUCUGAGCAACCAUGACCCUCGCACAGCUGUGCAACUUCGCACUGCACUGAAGAGACUGAAGGAAAUCAUGGAGGGAAAGAGCCAGGACAGCGAUCUGAAGCAGUACUGGAUGCCAGACAGUCAGUGUAAGGAGUGUUACGACUGUAAUGAGAAGUUCACCACCUUCCGCCGGCGACACCACUGCAGACUGUGCGGCCAGAUCUUCUGCAGUCGCUGCUGCAACCAGGAAAUCCCUGGAAAGUUCAUGGGCUACACAGGAGACCUACGAGCCUGUACAUACUGCCGUAAGAUAGCACUAAGUUACGCUCACUCAGCUGACUCGGGCUCCAUUGGAGAGGACCUGAGCGCCUUGUCGGACUCUCCCUGCUCCGUGUGUGUGUUGGAGCCCAGCGAGCCACGGACACCUGUGGGUGGGCGUAAGGCCAGCAGGAACAUCUUCCUCGAGGAAGACCUGACCUGGCAGAGAAAAACUCCUAUUGGGAUGAGAAAGACCAUGAUUCACCAGGAGCCUCAGAACAGUGGCCUUUCUUCCAGACUGACAACACUACAAGAAGACGUAGGAAAGUCUCCUGCUCGGAAGAGGUCCGCCAGUGUGACCAACCUAACGCUGGACCGCUCUGGAUCCUCCAUGGGGCCUUCUUACGACAGCUCAGUCAGCCCACCGACCAGCCGAGCCAUGUCAGGGACCAAGAGCGGCACCAAGUUGGACCACAGUGAAGAAGAGAGGAAGAUCCUGCUGGAUUCAUCCCAGCUUAAGGAAUUGUGGAAGAAAAUCUGCCACAACAGCACAGGGAUGGAGUUCCAGGACCACAGGUACUGGCUGAGGACUUACCCCAACUGCAUCGUGGGAAAGGAGCUUGUCAACUGGCUGCUGAGGAACGGCACCAUCUCCACCAGGGCCCAGGCUAUCGCUAUAGGCCAGGCAUUGGUGGACGGUCGCUGGCUGGACUGUGUCACCCACCACGACCAGCUAUUCAGGGACGAGUACGCUCUCUACCGCCCCCUCCAGAGUACAGAGUUCUCAGAAACACCAUCUCCAGACAGCGAUAGUGUCAACUCCCUGGAGGGACAUUCAGAGCCGUCGUGGUUCAAGGACAUCAAGUUUGAUGACAGUGACACCGAGCAGCUCGCAGAUGAAGCUGAGUACACCAUGCCGAACUCCGCCAGCCCCAGCAAGAGGACGUCCGUCAGCAGCUUCCAGUCAGUGGUGGACAGUGACUCAGCCGCCUCCAUCAACCUCAACAUGGAGCAAAACAAUGUCAACUUCCACAUCAAGAAACAAUCCAAGUAUCCACAUGUGCCUACUGCCACUGAGCAGAAAGCUGAAUUCCUUGUUUCUGAGGAUGGAGGACAGAAUAUUGUCAUAAGUGAUGCCUUCAUCAAGGAGUCUCUGUUCAAUCGUCGUGUGGAGGAAAAAGCUAAAGAGAUGCUGUUCACUCCGCUGGGUUGGCACCACAGCUCGCUGGACCAACUCCGAGAGGAGAACGGAGAGAAGAAAGCCAUGGAGAGACUGCUCUCAGCCAACCACAGCCACAUGAUGGCGCUGCUGCAGCAGCUGCUCUACAGUGAAUCUCUGUCGCUGUCCUGGCGGGACAUCAUCGUCCCUGUGGUUCGACAGGUGGUCCAAACAGUACGACCCGAUGUUCGGAACUGUGAUGACGACAUGGACAUCCGCCAGCUGGUCCACAUCAAGAAGAUUUCUGGAGGGAGGAAGUUUGAUUCAACUAUGGUAAACGGGUUCAUAUGCACCAAGAACAUUGCUCACAAGAAGAUGAAUCCCUACAUCAAGAACCCUAAGAUUCUGCUGCUGAAGUGCUCCAUAGAGUAUCUGUACAGGGAGGAGACCAAGUUUACCUGCAUCGAUCCCAUUGUGCUACAGGAAAGAGAGUUUCUAAAGAACUAUGUUCAGCGCAUAGUGGACGUCCGUCCAAACCUGGUGUUGGUGGAAAAGACAGUGUCUCGUAUUGCUCAGGACAUGCUGCUAGAGCACGGUAUCACACUGGUCAUCAAUGUUAAACCGCAAGUCUUGGACAGGGUGAGUCGUAUGACCCAGGGUGACCUGGUAAUGUCCAUGGACCAGCUCCUCACAAAACCUCGGCUCGGGACCUGCCAUAAGUUCUACAUGCAGCCCUUCACUUUGGCUAACAACGAUGUGAAGACUCUGAUGUUCUUUGAGGGCUGCCCUGCUUACCUCGGAUGCUCCAUCAAGCUGCGUGGUGCUUCAGAGUACGAGCUGGCGAGAGUGAAGGAGAUCAUCAUGCUGAUGGUGUGCGUGGCAUACCACUCCCAGCUGGAGAUCUCCUUCCUCAUGGACGAGUUCGCCAUGCCCCCCAGCUUAGCCCAAAGCACCUCCUUCCCCUGCCUGCUGGAGGGCGCCUCUGCAGAGGAGGAGGUGGCACAUGGAGAGAAGAGAGGAGAGAAAGAGACAAAUGGAGAGAGUCAGUACAAACCUGCAGCACUUGGGACUGAAGAUGCUGCACCCAGAGGCCAACCUGACGAUGAGGGGCUUCCCUCUGACUCUUCGUCCAAAAGCGGAGAGAUAGACGGCACCCAGACCGAACUGAGCCCAAAAUCCACUGUCCAAACCGAGGAGGCUGGAAACGCAGAGACAACGACCUCCUCGCCAUUUUCCAGCCCUCCCGCCCCUCCUCUGUCAGUCUCUCCACCGUUCCUAUUGGAAGAAGACGAGGAGAUGUCGUCAGACACUUUGGUCAGAACAUCUCUGGGGGAGACGGGGGAUUCACUAAGUAUGGAGGAUGGGGAAGGUUCAGAAACGCCUACCCCGAGGUUUCGAGACCCUCUGCAGGAUGAUACAGGUCUGUUUGUGGCAGAGCAGGUGGAUUCAACUGAUGACCGCCUCAAGUCCAUCUCUGCUGUCUUCAAGCAGGAGCUUAAGGACAUCAUCCUGUGCAUUUCUCCCUUCAUCACAUUCAAAGAGCCGUUCCUUCUCACCCCCGCUGGCAUGCACUGCCCAAGCAGAGAUUACUUCCCCGAACAGGUCUAUCUAUCCCCUCUCCUGAACAAGGACUUUAAGGAGCUGGAUGGGCGAAGAAAGCGGCAGCUCCUCAAAGACUCCGCACCCUCCUCCCUGGCCAGCGGUCAGACCAACGGCAGCGUACCACAGAAGCUGAUCGAUGUCCUGCCUUGCCACAGCCUUACCAGCACCCGCAUUGUCGAGCAGCUGACCAGCAGCCAUGAUCUCGCCAAGAUGCUGGCAGAGUACAGAGCGAAGGGGGGUCGCAUCCGGCAGAGGGAGGCCGCUGACCCCUUCGGUAGCGCCAGUGCCCCAGCUCCUGUCAGCGGCAGGACAGUGGACGCACCAGUCAAACUGCCGGUGAAGGCUGACAGCGAAGAGGAAAAGCCAAGCAAACAGAACGAUAUGAGUUGGGCCCCCAAGCUGGACUGUCUGACUCCUGUCAAUCAUCAGAGGCUGUGUGUGCUGUUCAGCAGUUCAUCAACUCAGUCCAGCAACGCACCCAACCCCUGCGUCAGCCCAUGGAUCGUCACCAUGGAGUUCUACGGCAAAAACGACCUCUCACUCGGUGUGUUCUUGGAGAGAUAUUGUUUUAGGCCUUCUUACCAGUGCCCCAGCAUGUUCUGCGAGACUCCCAUGGUUCAUCACAUCCGGCGGUUCGUGCACGGCAGCGGCUGUGUGCAGAUCGUGUUGAAGGAGCUGGACUCCCCCGUGCCUGGUUAUCAGCACACAAUCCUCAACUACUCCUGGUGCCGCAUCUGCAAACAGGUGACGCCCGUGGUGCCUCUGUCCAAUGACUCGUGGUCAAUGUCUUUCGCCAAGUACCUGGAGCUGCGCUUCUACGGCCACCAGUACACCAGGAGGGCAAAUGCCGAACCCUGCGGACACUCCAUCCACAAAGACUACCACCAGUACUUCUCAUACAAUCAGAUGGUGGCUUCCUUCAGCUACACCUCCGUAAGGUUGUUGGAGAUUUGUCUUCCUCGUCCCAAGAUCUUCAUCAGGAACCUGGGACCUUCUAAAACCAACCUGCAGCAGGACCUGAAGGACUUCUCUCAAAAAGUGACUCAGGUGUACUUGGCCAUAGACGACCGCCUCACCUCCCUCAAGACCGACACCUUCAGUAAGACGCGAGAGGAGAAGAUGGAGGACCUCUUCGCUCAGAAAGAUAUGGAGGAAGCAGAGCUACGCAGCUGGAUCGAAAAGCUUCAGGCACGACUGCAGGCCUGCGGUCUGGAUUCUCCUCAGCAGCUCCAGGCUGUUCUGGAGUCACUGGUGCUAAAGAAACAGGGUCUAUGUGAGAUGUUGCAGUCCUGGAAUGGCAGGCUGCAAGACUUGUUCCAGCAGGAGAAAGGCAGGAAGCGUCUGUCUGUCCCUCCCAGCCCAGGCAGGCACCGACAGACCACCACUGAUGUUACAGACAGCAAGAGUGCUUUGGAUUCCUCCCCCCGUAACCCCUCUCCUGUGGUCCAGAAUGGUGAGAAAGACGACCGUCACCUCACCACGCUAUCUUCAACCUCCUCCUCCUCCCUGCUGCCGUCCCCAGCGGAACCUGGAGCUGAACCAGUCACCCCCAACCACCCCAUCACCGAGCAGGACUCUCUCAGCAUCCCAGAGGAUGUAUUUGACGGACACUUACUGGGCUCCACUGACAGUCAGGUGAAGGAGAAAUCAACCAUGAAGGCCAUCCUGGCUAACUUCCUGCCUGGCAACAGCUACAACCCCAUCCCCUUCCCUUUUGAGCCUGACAAGCACUACCUUAUGUACGAACAUGAGCGCGUACCCAUCGCAGUGUGCGAGAAAGAGCCGAGCUCCAUCAUAGCCUUCGCUCUCAGCUGUAAGGAGUAUAAAACAGCACUGGAUGAUUUGUCCAAAGUGUCUCACUCAGGAGGAGACGAGACUCCACAGGUCAACAGUGCCGGAGAGAGUAGAGCAAAGAGCAGCCCCGCCAGGCCCAGUGAGUCGGCCUCCUCCCAGCAGAGCCGCAGCAGCAUGGACGAUCCACUCAAGGAUGCAGACUUAACAGAUAAACAGAAAAAACAGACCCAGAAUCCGCACAUCGAGCUACAAUUCUCAGACGCCAACGCCAAGUUCUACUGUCGGAUCUACUACGCCGAGGAGUUUCACAAGAUGCGCGAGGAGAUCAUGGAGAGCACGGAGGACGAUUUCGUUCGCUCUCUUUCACACUGUGUCAACUGGCAAGCUCGUGGUGGCAAGUCAGGAGCUGUUUUCUACGCAACAGAAGAUGACCGGUUCAUCCUGAAGCAGAUGCCCAGACUGGAGGUCCAGUCUUUCCUGGACUUCGCCCCUCACUACUUCACUUACAUCACCGGAGCCGUGCAGCAGAAAAGGCCGACUGCGCUGGCAAAGAUCCUGGGCGUCUACCGGAUUGGUUACAAGAACUCUCAGAACAACAUGGAGAAGAAACUGGAUCUGCUUGUGAUGGAAAACCUUUUCUAUGGACGCAAGAUGGCACAGGUGUUCGACCUCAAAGGAUCUCUGAGAAACCGUAACGUGAAGACGGACUCGGGGAAGGAAAGCUGCGAGGUGGUUCUGCUGGACGAGAACCUUUUGAAGCUGAUCCACGACAACCCGCUGUACAUCCGCUCCCACUGCAAGGCCAUCCUCCGAGCCGCCAUCCACAGCGACGCCUACUUCCUCUCCAGUCACCUCAUCAUCGACUACUCCCUGCUGGUGGGGCGAGACGAUGCCACCGACCAGCUCGUGGUCGGGAUUAUAGAUUAUAUCAGGACAUUUACCUGGGACAAGAGACUGGAGAUGGUCGUUAAAUCCACUGGAAUCCUGGGAGGUCAAGGGAAGAUGCCCACCGUUGUUUCUCCAGAGCUGUACAGAGCUCGCUUCUGCGAGGCCAUGGACAAGUACUUCCUGAUGGUACCUGACCACUGGACCGGCCUGGGUAUCAACUGCUGAGCAACACGUUCAUAUCCAAGUGCAGUCAUACAGAACAGAAACACAGGACUUUCUAUGCACAGAAAUCAGUUUCCUGGAACGAGGCCUCAGUAUGCGAGAGGUUUUUUAUCCUACUUGAGACCCACAAGCACACUGGAUGUUGUAAAUAUUUGAUUAUCAUGCGGGCUAAAGCCUGAGCAGUAUACAGCACAGUAUCAUUCCAUAUAUAGCAGUGCCGCUCUGCAACUGUGGCAUUGUUUAAACUAGUUAAAUCAGUUUUUAUCACUGGGGACUCAAAUUCUAUUACAUCCCUCUGGAUUCCUGACGUGUUUGUUAUUUUAUUAGUGCCAACUAUUUCAAAAAAGAUCCUGACUGAAUCUUGUGCUUAUAGUUUGGUGAACAAACUAAUUCAUGUAAUUUAAAGUUUGUAAAUGUACAGAGAUUAUGUAACUAUUAAAAUAUUAUUAA